AUGCAGGAGCAAAUGGCAGUGCAGCCAAGCUUGCACCGCGUUUUCUACCGGGAGCGCGUGCAGCCUGAGACAAGCUCUGGAAAGCAGGUUUUGGUGGAGAACACGGUUGAAGAGCCGGCCUCGGCGCAGACUUGGAGCGGUGGCGCCUGCCCUUCGGUGGCUCGGAGCUUCCAAAACGAGGAAGGCUGUCAGCUCCUCCCUGGCUGUGCUCCGUUGCAGCUGCGCAGCGUGUCCUUGCAGCUGAACACCACGGUUUUGGAGCGAUUCUAUGCGGCGGAGCAGCGCUACGUCUUUGCUUUGGUGGAUCUCAUCCCCACCUCUCCGCCUUGCGGGGAGGCUUCCCGCUGGAAACUCCUGGAUUGUAGCGCGGGCUGUGCAGCCUCAAACCUGGAGUCUGGCGACGCCACCAGCAUCGCCGCCGCACUCCAGGCAGAAGCUUCGCAGGGUUGGCUCCGCACCGUGGUAGCGACCUGCACUUCCAUGACACCCGGGAUUGUGGUGCAGGUGGGUAAUGAGUACUUUCAACAUGUGCACUCGAGUGAGUACAACGUCUAUGACUUUACUGACUGGGUAGCACAACAUCCGGGGGGCGCUGACAAAAUCCAGCAAUGGACUUCUAAAGGCUACAUCCUGAAGUAUCCAGCCUCCCAUCCCAUGGGACGAUUCGACUCGACGCUGGCCAGAACCUACAUUUGGCCGAACUUUGUGGGGGUAUUCAAUGACAUCGUGGACAUCAGGAGCCUGCCGCAGAGCCUGCAAACGGUCCGCGUGGGGAGAGCCUUUGGGGCCCUUGACAGCUUCGGCACCUUUGCCGAGAUCUGUGGCUCGCCGGGGGAAGUGCCCAACAAGGCGCAGCACCUCUACCCUUUCCACCUGAAGGACGAGGCCUUGGAUUUGAGUUUCGACGUGGCCUACGACUCGGAGAACGUGGCGCUUGGCAAGGCCUCGGUGUGGAGCCAGCUGGCGCUCCAAGCCCCGGACCAGCUGCGCCAGCGCAUGGCCUGGGCCCUGGCGCAGAUCUUCGUGGUGGCCCCGGACGGCGCCACGGAGAACCACACGGAGAUGUUUGUCCACUUCUAUGACAUUUUUGUGCGGCACGCCUUUGGCAACUAUCGAGACAUCUUGCGAGAGGUUACAUACAGCCCCGUCAUGGGCGACUAUUUGACCUACAAGCGGAACCGGGCAUUUGAUAGUGAUGGCGUCUACCCAGAUGAGAACUACGCUCGGGAAAUCAUGCAGUUGUUUUCGAUCGGGCUUUGGAAGUUGAACCCGGACGGCUCCAGAAUGGAAACCGAGGGCAACACUGUGCCAACGUAUUCGAACACAGACAUUAUGAACUUUGCCCGCGUUUUCACGGGCUUUGACGAGCAAGCUGAGCGUUCAAACAUUGAGCACACCGAGGGCAAAAGCAAUGUGAUUGACCCCAUGCGCAUGAGGGCUGAAUGGCACGAUGUUUAUCCCAAACCAAAGCUGGAUGGCGGAUACUUGGGCGAUGGUUAUCCGCUUUGUGCGGAUGUGAGGAACUUCUUGAGUCAAGGUGCCAAGUUCCGCUUCAUUGGCCAUUCGCAGUCUGACACCGAUUUCCUGGUCCUGUCAGCUGAGUCACCGCUGUACCAGCGGCUUUGUGGCGGGGAGGUGUGCAGCCAUCAGCUGGUCGUGGAGCUUGACGAGACGCUGCCGUGCUUUGGCAACGAAUGCUCCGCUGGCUUCACGCGCACACUGCUCGUGGGCGACGGCUUUUAUGAGUUCUUGUAUCCUGCUUGCGUGUCUUUGUUCUUCCCAGCAGACGUGGAUGUGGUCAUUUACCCUGACGGAACGCUAAGCUCAGCCCUGGACUCCAAGACAAAGCAGAACAGGUUCGUAGGCAACUGGCUCUCGAGCGUCCCUGCGGGGGGAUGCCCCGCUGCCUGCUCCCCCUACGAAACAGGGUGCACUUGCCCCGCAGAGUUGGGCAUGGAGGGCAGCAUGCACGUGGUCCAUGCGGGCGGCUUCACUUUUCAGAACCCCCCGGUCUUUAUGGAGAGGGCGAAGCCAACUGCUCGGGAUGCUUUGUUCGAGGUGGAGGCGUUGCUGGAUCACUUGACACAGCAUCCAAACACCCCGACGUUUAUCGCUUUCCGCAUCAUCCAGCGUUUUGUGACCUCCAACCCCACCGCAGACUACGUCACUGCUGUCAGCGAGGCCUUCAAGUCCGGAGCGUAUGCUGGGGUGACCUAUGGGACCUAUGGGGAUUUGAAGGCGACCCUGAUGGCGGUCCUGCUUCACCCAGAAGCCCGCUCACAGACCAGCUCCAGCAAUGGGGCAUUGCGAGAGCCGUUCUUGAAGGUGAUCCACCUGAUGCGAUCGAUGGAGUACAAGGAUAACAGCGCGAGGCCGGUAUUUCUGCGAAAUCUCAUUGACACCAUUGGCCAAUUUCCCUAUGCCUCACCCACGGUCUUCAACUUCUACCUUCCGGAGUUUCGGCCGGAUGGCUUCCCAGACGGGCUCGUUGCUCCGGAGUUCCAGAUCUACACGCCGCCCAACGCGCUGGCCUUCGCCAAUGGCAUGUGCUCCCUCAUCGAUGCUGGGCUGUCGGACUGCAAUCAGGGCUUUGGGGUCGAAGUGUCUGGCUGCUCCUCGGGCGGCUUCGAUUUCACGCAGGCGGGCAGCACGAUGAGCGAGGCGCUGGUGGAGUUGGACCUGUUGCUGACCGGGGGGCGUCUGGAGCACAAGGGGGCCGUGCAGGCCGCUUACCAGCGGGAUGGCUGGAAGGACGCACAGAAGCUCAUGGUGCUGACGCCUGAGUUCAACACCUUGGGCCAUCCUAUGCGAGGCGGUGUAAGGCCACCGGCGCCACCUACAAGCACAGGAGCCGCGUCCAGCUACAAGGCAGUGGUCAUGCUCUUUUUGAAGGGCGGAAUGGAUAGUUUUCAGAUGCUGGUGCCCCUGGACUGCCCGCUCUAUGACGAGUACGCCACGGUCCGCCGCAGCAUCACGCUGCUGCCGGAUGAGGUUCACCGAAUCCAGGCCACCGGCCAGGCCUGUGGUGACUUUGGGAUCCAUCCGCGCCUGCCUUUCCUGAAGCAGCUCUAUGACCAGCAAAAGGUGGCUUUCAUCAACGACGUGGGUUCGUUGGUGGAGCCCUUGACUCCGGACAUGAUUGGCACGGGCUUUCACGCGCAGGGUGGAUCUGGCAAGAGGUGCCAAGGCCUCUUCAGCCACGCAGAUCAGCAGCGGGCCGCCGAGACCCUGACGUGCCAGUACGCCACGGCAGAGUUCAAAGGCGCUGGUGGUCGGAUGGCCGACGCGGUGGCUGCAGGAGACUACAACACUCAGUCUUUCUCCUUGAAGGGUCAAGCCACCUGGCCUCAAGGCUUUGACGUCUCAGGCGACGUCCUUGGUCAAAGCUCGGGCACCUCCGCAUUCCCAGAGUAUGAGCGCUUUCAAGACAUCAUUGACAACAUGACCGGGACACUUCACGGAAACGUCUACAGUGACCAGUACGCGAAGACCCUGCGGCAGUCCAUCAGCUUCAACUUGGGCCUGGAGAAGCAGCUGGCCAACGCCAAGUUGGAGACGAGCUACGAGAUCAACGGCUACCAGCCCCUGCAUUCGCAGCUGAAACAAGCGGCCACCUUGAUCUCCGCACGUGUGGACCGCCAAGCCGAGCGGGAUUUCUUUUUUGUGGAGGAUGGCGGUUGGGAUGCACACAGCGGUGUGCAGGAAAGUCUCUACAAGAAGUUUGGACAGGUGAAUAGCGCUCUUGAGCAGUUUGUUACCGAGUUGGAGGCGCAAGGCAUGUUUGAUGAUGUGGUCAUAGUGACGCACACGGACUUCGCCCGAACGUUGACGCCCAACAGCAAUGCCGGCACUGACCACGGGUGGUCGGGCAUUAAUAUGAUCCUUUCCGGGGCAGUCAAGGGAGGUAUUUACAACGACUAUCCGCGCAUGGCAGAGGGCUCUGAGAUGGAUGCUGGCCGUGGCCGCCUUAUUCCCAGGUACCCCCUGGAAGGCAUGAUGAUGCCCGUGGCAGAGUGGAUGGGCAUGCAGCCAGCGCAGGCCAACCAGGUCUUCCCCAACCUUGGCAACUUCAACUCGUCACACAUACUGACAAAGGAGACGCUCUUCGGACUUUAG